AUGACAACCUUAAACCCAGUUGGCUCUAGAACAAACCCAUUUCAGAAACAGCUUCAUCAUCAUCGUCCAAUUUAUGCUAAACCAAUUUCUUGUCUCACCUUCAGAACCUCACCUCCACCAUUUUACCCCUCCACCAUUAAAGCCUAUUCUUCUUCUUCACAAAAUUCUAAAAUCCCAAAACCCCUUAUCCCUCAAACCCCUAAUGAAAAACCCCAUAACCCAUUUUCAUUCGUUAAGCCAACACUCAUUGCUACAAUUACUGCCACUACCCUUUUGUUCGCAAGAUACUUUGUCUUCCCGAAACCUGCACUUUCUAACCAAGCUUUUACUCCGUCGGCUAUGGAAACUGAUGUGGUGAGAGAUGCAAUUUCAGAGGAGGAAAGGGAAAGAGCAAUUGAAGAACACCUGGUUUCUCACCCGGAUGAUGUGGAAGCGUUAAGGAUUUUGAUGGAAAUUCGGAUAAAGAAUAAGAAAAUGCUGGAUGCUAUUAACAUUAUUGAUAGGUUGAUUGAGCUCGAACCGAAUGAGACCGAAUGGCCCUUGUUGAAAUCUCAUUUGUAUGUGAACUCUGGGGAGAUUGAAUUGGCCAAAGUUGGGUUUAAUGAGAUACUAAAGAAAGACCCUUUUCGUGUCGAGGCUUAUCAUGGACUCGUUAUGGCAGCUUCACAAGAUGAAUCGAUUGAGGAAUUGGCGGAAAUCGAGAAGAAGGUUGAGGAGGGCAUUAAAUUGUGUAAGAAGGAGAAAAAAAAAAGUGACUUGAGGGAUUUUAAGCUGUUGCUUGCACAAAUUCGGGUGAUAGAAGGGAAAUAUGAAGAUGCAUUGAAGGUUUAUCAGGAGUUAAUGAAAGAGGAGCCUAGGGAUUUCAGGCCUUACUUGUGUCAAGGAAUAAUAUACACAUUAUUGAGGAAAAACAAAGAGGCUGAGAAGUGUUUUGAGAAGUAUCGGAGACUUGUACCGCAAGGGCAUCCCUAUGCUAGGUAUUUCGAUGAGAACAUGAUUGCAACAAAGGUUUUUGCACAGAGGGCGGAGAAUGAGAGAGCUAGCUCAAAAAGCUGAAUAGAAUAAGGCUUCGGUUCUGCUGAAGUUCAGAUUGGAUGGUAGAGCAGGUAUCUGAAUCGAACGACAUGUGAUCAUAGUUCAUUUAAUCAAGAAUGGAAGUGAGAACCAUGCUUUGUGAUUUUUU